AUGGCGCCUGGUCCGAAUGAAAAACGGACGACUCGAGAGAGACCAGGAACCCUUCAGACGGGGCUCUGCUCCAAAGCAACCCACCGCACUGCCGGGAAAACGCACGCGCGCCUUUUGAGAAGGAAGGCGCAGCACCUGCCUUGCCCAGCCGACCCGCCGCCCAUCCCAGCCGAGGAGCCCAGUGCUGCAGCUCUCCGCGCGGGUCCGGCCCAGCCCGGCAGCCCGCUCGCCCCAGCGGCGACCAGGCCCUCCAAGCGGGCGCUCCUCGGGGCUCUCCGCCCGGGCAAACGCCGUUUCCAGGCCAGCAGCGGAAGCAGUAAGUCGCGCGGCCGCCUCGAGCCUUUGCCGCAGAGGCGGCGGGCCGCGGCGCUCCCGCAACGAACCCCAUCCCCUCCCGCGGAGGGACGGGCGGGCUGGACGUCGAGCCGCCCUUCUCCCCGCGCACGCCUCGGUCUCCGACGAGCCCGCUCGCUCGCUCGCCCGCCCGCCCGCCGAGGAGACCGGUCCGGAGGGCGCACAGCGCCGCGCGGCCUCCCCCCGCACAAGGCGGAGCUGCUCCCGAGCCCGUCUCCCCGUCGGCGCCGCGCUCCGCCCGCUGGGGCCUUUCCAGAUGGGCUGGCCCCGCCGGCUGAGGAGGAAGGGCGCUGA